UGUGUGUAUGCGCAGGCAAACAAAUAUAAACAGCGAAAUAGAAAAAGUAAAUUGUACAAAUAUAAACACAAACAAUUUAAAAUUUGAGGCUGUCAAGUUGCCUUCAGGAAUGGACAGAAUGAACGCCUACUACAAUUUGUACUCGGGCGACAACUAUGACGAUGAAUCAAUUGGCGACGAGCGCAGCGAAGAAGAUACGGAUGAUGCGAGUGAAACGGAAUUUCGCAGUCCAAAUCGUUAUGGUGGCACAAACGGUACAUCCUCCAACAAUAGCAUAAAUAACAACAACAACAACAAUAACAACAACAAUAGCAGCAACAGCAGCAGCAACAAUAACAACAACAUGGGCAGCAACAGCGAGCUGAAAGAACAAAUGUAUCAACACAAGUUGAUUAAUCUGCAAAAACAGCUGGAGGAGCUGAAUCAACUGAUGCAUCCGGAAUAUAUGAAAAGAGUACGGAAAUUGGAUAAUCAAUUAAAGGAGCGACGUCGUCUGAAUGAAAUCUAUAAGGAAUAUAUGCGCGAUUGUGUGGAACGUGACUAUAUAUUGGAGAAGAAGGCCGCCCAAAAGGAAUACGAUGAGAAAAUGAUGGAUCUUAAGGAUAAUCUCAUAGCGGACUUUGAGGAUCGCAAGCGACAGAUUGAAAAUGAACGUUAUAGUCUGGAAUUGACCAAUGAUUCUACGGAAAUAAAGACAACUGUGACACGUAAACUGCGACGACGUCCAAAUGAACCGUUACCGGUGAUUGAGAAACGGCGUAAGCCGGCAACGGGACAAUUAUUGGUCUAUCAAUUGGAUGACAAGGAAAUUGAGUCCGAUCUCAAGAUGAUACAACGUGGCAAACCGAUGCCACUGCAACAGAAUGGAUUAGGCAACAACAACUACAACAACUCACAGCAACAACAACUGCAACAACAGCAGCAAUCACAGCAACAACAACAACAACAACAGUCACACAAUUUAUUAGCCGAGGCAAACAGUUAUGUGGAAACCCGGAUUGAGGAUAAUAAGCUACUCUAUGAGAGACGUUGGUUCUGUCGAGGACAACAUGUCUAUGUCGAGGGCAAGGAUAUGAACAAGUUUGCAGCCACUAUCUCAGCAAUUGGCAAUGAAGUUAUCUGGGUUAAACGCUCCAACGAAAGCAAAUUCAAGAUCAACAUGUCGCAUUUGGCCAAGGGAAAAAUAUCCAUUAAAAGACGAUAGACGCUAGUUUUUUAAAUUUACAUUUAAGCAUAAAUUUUUAUUUAAACAAAUCUUUUAAUUGCAAAUAUAAAUUGUAAA